AUGAACGCCAAUUUUUCUACAUAUCGCAACAUUAUUGCUGGCGCGCCACGCACGGGCAAAACCGUGAGCCACGGAACUGAUCCUUCCACUCGCAAGCCUCUAUGGGACAUUCCUGUCGCAUCUGCUCAAGACCUCGAUGAUGCUGUGGCCUCAGCUCAGGCAGCUUUUCUCAUUUGGUCGCAGACUCCCUGGAAACAGCGACAGGCUUGCCUUCGGCAGGCUAGAGCGUUGCUGCAGGAGAACAGGAAGUCCAUGGCCAAACUGAUUUCAUCCGAAGGAGGAAAGCCACCGCAAUUUGCAGAUUUAGAGGUGGCUCACGGUCUGCGGUAUAUCGAUUAUUAUGCCGAUAUGGAAGAACCAAUGCCUGAGAUAGUACAGGAUGACGCGGAACUACGUCUAACACUGCAUCAUGCCCCAGUCGGUGUAGUCGGCGCCAUAUGCCCGUGGAACUUCCCCCUUGUCUUGGGCCUCUCAAAGAUUGCCCCAGCUCUGGUCACGGGGAAUUGUGUGAUCACCAAACCCUCGCCAUAUACGCCCUACAGCAUUGUCAAGUUCACAGAGAUCGUGUCCCACAUCUUCCCACCUGGAGUGUUGCAGGCGUUGAAUGGAGGACCAGAAUUAGGGCCUAUGAUCUGCGACCACCCAGGCAUCCAAAAGAUCAGUUUCACCGGGUCCACAGCAACAGGUAAAAAGAUAAUGCAAUCGGCCAGCAAGACUUUGAAGAAUAUUACUCUCGAACUUGGCGGCAACAGUGCAAGCAUCAUUUGCCCGGAUGUCGAUGUUAAUACUACAGCACCAGAGGUUGCCCUUGGUUCGUUCUUCAACUCGGGCCAGCUCUGUGUGGCUAGCAAGCGCAUCUACGUGCACGAAGCUGUCUACGACUCGUUCCUCAAAAAGCUUGUCGAAACAGUCGCAUCUUGGAAGGUUGGACCUCCUUCCACUGAAGGAGUAAUGCUUGGCCCCGUACAAAACGAUAUGCAAUACAAAAUAGUCAACUCGAUCUCAGACGACGCCAUCCGCAACGGCUAUAAGUUUGCCUUGGGAGGGCAGAAGAAGCUGGACAGCUCCAGCUUUAUCAUUCCUCCUGCCAUCGUCGAGUGCCCUCCAGACUCUUCAGUCGUUGUACAAGUGGAGGCGUUUGGGCCCAUAGUUCCAGUGAUGAAGUGGUCAGACGAAGACGACCUCAUUUCAAGAGUCAAUGACACCACCACUGGACUUGGAGGUGCUGUAUGGUCGAAGGACCUGGUGCGCGCUCAUCAUCUCGCAUCUCGCAUCGAGGCUGGUACUGUCUGGAUCAACAGUUUCGAGAAACCCCUUCCACAAGCCUAUAUGGCCGGUCACAAGGAGUCGGGUAUUGGUGGAGAGGGUGGAAAACAAGGUCUCUUUGUGUUUCUAAACCCAAAGAUGAUCCAUCUUUACAAGGCGCCUGUGGGGGCCAAAUUGUAA